AUGACAGAAGACAAUUGUUUCGUUUAUGCUUGCAUUCAGGCUGGAGUAAAUGAAGAAACUAUUGACCACAUGAGAGAAGUCAUUCGUGUUAGAGACUUUCCUCAAAGUAAAGUACAAGAAAUUUCUGACGCAACAGGUAUAGCAUUUAAUGUUACCAUUGGUUACUUCAAUGACUCAAGACAUAAUGAAAUAAAGAGAUACAUACCAAAAGAAUGUGAAACUGUUAGAACUAUUGACUUACUUCUUGUUGAAGACCACUACAUGCUAAACGAAAGAUUACCAAUGACAACAUAUUUCAUUCGCAACUAUAUAGAAAUCUUGAAGGAGUGUGGUGGAAUGAACAUUGAGAAACAGAUGAAGAUUUAUACAAAGAGAGAGAACAAAUAUGUAGUUCGUUAUGAUAGAACAACACCGUUAUGGGAUGUUAUGAAAACAUUGUGGGAGUGCAAAUAUUUCGAACCUAUUUCUUAUGGAGAACUUUUCACAUAUACGACUGACUUAUAUAAACAGAACCUUGCACCAUUUAAAGACUUGUCAUAUGCUCCAAAGUAUUGUGUACAACUGAAGAAGAAAGCCGAGUCAAAAGAAGUAAAUAAAAAUAAG